CGCCACGCAAGCAAUCGCUCAUCGCUGACAGCAUUGUCCCAGCAAAGCUCCACCAUUGCUACCCCGCUAUUCAACAUGUCGGCCAGCACACUCAGUAUUGACUCGACCUUUGACCUGCCAAACUCGCAGUACAAGAUUCCAAAGAUUGGCUUUGGUGUCUACCUAUCGCAUAACGAUGUAUGCGUCAAGUCGUGCAAGAAGGCCUUUGAGGCAGGCUACCGGCACAUUGACACUGCACAAUAUUAUGGCAACGAAAAAGAGGUUGGACAGGCACUGGCUGAGAGCGGGCUUCCUCGCAAGGACGUUUACAUUACGUCCAAGAUUCUGAGCCCAGGCGAGGAUGUCGAGUCUACGUACAAAAAGGUCGUCGACAGCGUUGAGAAGCUUGCUGGAAAGGAGGGCUAUGCAGACCUAUUUCUCGUCCACAGCCCCAACGGAGGCAAAGAGGCUAGGAAGCUGAUGUGGCUGGCACUGAGGAGGGCCAAGGACGAGGGCAAGGUGCGAGAAAUUGGCGUCAGCAACUACGGCAUCCAGCAUAUUGAGGAGCUUGCCACUAUCGACAGCAAGGAUGCUGUACCAGCUGUAAACCAGAUUGAGCUCCACCCGUGGUGCCAGCAGCGCGAAAUUGUCGAGUACUGCAACAAGCACGGCAUCGUGGUCGAAGCCUACUGCCCGCUUGUCCGCAACGAAAAGGCAAACGACGAGACGAUUGCCCGCAUCGCCAAGAAACACAACAAGGAGCCCAGCCAGGUCCUGAUCCGAUGGAGUCUGCAAAAGGGCUUUGUCCCGCUCCCCAAGAGCGACAAUCCGUCUCGCAUUGUGGGCAACGCCAAUGUGUACGAUUUCGACCUCGACAAGGAUGACAUGGCUGCGCUGGAUGCUCUGGACCAGGGUGCAAAGGGCGCUAUCGUUGAGGCCGUUAAGAAUUAGCCUGUUUUGUUGCCGACACGCUGUUGACAGUAGCAUAGGUCAGGGAUUGGUCGAGCAUCUUGGUCGAGCAUCGGUGGCUUAUUGUAACGCGUUGCAUCAUGUACUGUAAAGGAAUUGCAUAUACAUUCGCUAGUACGUAUGGUAGAAUGUAUGGUACUCUAUAUCUUCUAUUACUGCACAAGCUUGCUUGUCGACUA